ACGGAUCGCAGGGGCGGGACACUCUGUGAAUCUACACGCCCGGGACCAUAUGGGGAACGCCCGGGCGCGGCGCAGCUGUUCCCGGACGCGGCGGGGCUCAGCCCCCUGCCGUUAAAUGCCGGAGCCCAGCAGCGCCCGGGACGCAGUGCGGGCGGGAAGCCGGGUGCGGGAGACAUGGGCCAAGGAUUCUACAUCAGCCGCACGCUGGCGGCCGUGGCGGGUGUCCUGGCGGCCGGAGCGGCUGCUACCAUCAUCGCGCUUGCCGUCGUCCUGGCGCAGGAGCGAGCUAGCCAGCCUUCUGAUAACGGGGCAGGCGGCCCCAGCACCCCGGCGGCGGGCGGCCCCAGCACCCCGGCGGCGGGCGGCCCCAGCACCCCGUCGGCGGGCGGCCCCAGCACCCCCACGGCGCCACUACAACCCUGGCAGCGACUCCGUCUGCCCACUGACCUGGUCCCGCUGCACUACGAGCUGAAUCUGUGGCCGCAGCUGAAACCGCAGUCUGGCAACAACGACUUGUACAUCUUCAAAGGCAGCUCCUCCGUGUUGUUCAAAUGCGUCAAAUCCACCGACCUGAUUCUCAUCCAUUCCGACCGGCUAAAUCUGAGCAGCGCGUCGGGGCAGCUGGCCUGGGUUUGGGGUGCGGGUGGGAAGCCGCUCGACGUGAAGAAGAGCUGGCUGCAGAACGACACCCAGUAUCUCGUCAUCGUUCUCGCCAAGCCGCUUAAGCGCGGCGCGAACUACUCCCUCUACACCGAAUUCACUGGACGACUUGACGACGACCUCCGCGGUUUCUACCGGAGUCAGUACGUGGACGAGAGUGGAAAGACCAGGAUCAUCGCUACCACUCAGAUGCAGCCAACAGAUGCGAGGAAAGCUUUUCCCUGCUUCGACGAGCCUGCGAUGAAAGCCACCUUUGCCAUCAGGCUGAUGCACGAUCAAUACCACACCGCUCUCUCCAACAUGCCGAUGACUGGAAAUAAAUCCAUGGUUAUUGAUAAUGUCAAGUGGUAUAAUGUCUCCUUUGAAACAACUCGCAAGAUGUCCACAUACCUUCUGGCUUUUAUUGUUUGUGACUUUGAUAGUGUGGAGGAAAUUUCAAAUGGAACUAUGAUCCGUAUUUGGGCUCGAAAGGCUGCGAUCGCUGAGGGCCAGGGCUCUUACGCUCUGAAUGUUACUGGACCAAUCCUCACAUUUUUCGAAUCUUACUACCAAGUUCCCUACCCACUCCCGAAGUCAGAUCAGAUUGCGCUCCCGGAUUUCAAUGCCGGUGCAAUGGAGAACUGGGGCCUGGUCACGUACCGGGAGACAGCCCUGCUGUACGAUCCAUCGCUGUCUUCCAACGGCAACAAGGAGCGCGUGGUGACGGUCGUCGCGCAUGAACUUGCCCACCAGUGGUUUGGAAAUCUUGUGACUCUUAAAUGGUGGAAUGACCUGUGGCUGAAUGAAGGCUUUGCCUCAUACGUUGAAUAUCUGGGAGCUAAUUACGCCGAACCGUCGUGGAACAUAACGCUGCUAACGGUCUUGAAUGAUGUUUACCGAGUGAUGGCUGUUGACGCGCUGGCGUCGUCCCACCCUCUCUCAUCUAAGGAGGAAGAGAUAAACACGCCUGCCCAGAUCAAUGAGCUGUUUGAUGCCAUUUCCUACAGCAAGGGAGGAGCAGUUCUCCGCAUGUUGUCCAACUUCCUCACGGAGGAAGUCUUUGUUUCUGGCCUGAAAGAAUACCUCACGAAAUAUUCCUACGGCAACACUGUGUACUCCAAUCUCUUUGAUGAGCUCCAGCAGGCUGCAGACGGGAAGGUCCAGCUGCCAAGGACGGUCAAUGUAAUAAUGAAUCGAUGGACACUACAGAUGGGUUUCCCGGUGAUCACCAUCGAUACAAAUAAUGGAAAAAUCAACCAGCAACAUUUUCUUCUUGAUCCUAAUUCAAAUGUGACGCGUCCGUCAAUAUUUAAUUACGUCUGGAUUGUGCCAAUUCAGUGGAUGAAGACUAAUUCACAAGCCAAUUUAACCUGGUUACUGGAAAAGGAAGACACCAAGCAAGGGAUGAUAUCCACUGGGACAGACUGGGUGCUGGCCAAUAUUGACGUUGUUGGGUAUUACCGCGUGAACUACGAUGAGAGAAACUGGAAGAACCUUAUCAAACAAUUGGAAACCAACCACAAGGUUAUACCGGUAUUAAACAGAGCCCAGAUAAUUGAUGACUCUUUCAAUCUUGCAAGGGCUGAGUACCGCAAUACCACAUCAGCACUGGAAACAACCAGGUACCUGACGAAGGAGCGGGAGUACAUCCCAUGGGAAGCUGCCCUCAACAACCUGGCCUACCUAAGGGUCAUGUUGGACCGCAGCGACGUCUUUGGGAACAUGCGGAAAUACAUGCUCCAGCAGGUGACCCCUUUGUAUGAUCACUUCAAAAACAUUACUCAGAACUGGACAAAGCCGUCAGAAGGUCAUAUGGACCAGUACAAUGAAAUCAAUGCCAUGAGCGUGGCUUGCUCCUACGGACUCAAGGAUUGUCAGAAGACAGCAGAGGAGUUUUUCAGGGACUGGAUGAAUUCAGGCGAUAAUAUGAUCCCAUUGAACCUGAAAUCGGCGGUCUAUUGCAAUGCUAUAGCCUCAGGCGGAGAGAAGGAGUGGGACUUUGCCUGGAAUAAGUUCAAGAAUGCCACAAUAGCCACAGAGUCUGAAAAAUUACGACUAGCUCUGGCCUGCACCAAACAACCAUGGCUGCUGAACCGGUACCUGCUGUAUUCACUGGAUCCAAACAAGAUCCGGAAGCAAGAUGCCACCUCCACCAUCUCUGCCAUUGCCCGAAAUGUCGUUGGUCAGUCUCUGACGUGGGACUUCAUCAGAGCAAACUGGAAAACCAUUUUCCAGCAGUAUGGCGGCGGUUCCUUCUCAUUCUCGCGGCUAAUAUCUAGCGUCACGGAGCGAUUUUCCACAGAGUUUGAGCUCAAGCAGCUUGAACAGUUCAAGAAGGAUAAUGAGCACAUCGGAUUUGGUUCUGGAACGCGUGCCGUUGAGCAAGCUCUGGAGAAGACAAAGGCCAACAUCAAGUGGGUGAAAGCAAACAAGGAGUCUGUCAGUCAGUGGUUUUUCAGCGCCUUAACCCAUCGGUAAAUGUAAAUAGAAAAUCUCUUUGGUGUCUGGAGCUGAAGUUGACCAGCAUCAGAAAGUUCAUCAGAUCUGCUCUGCAGAGGAGGAUGUUCUGCAUUUAAAAUGACAGGAAACUCAGCUGUUGGGUAAUUUCGAGAUGUGUUUGGGUGAUGAUCCACGAAAUAGUGAACUCAAACCAGACCAACCAUUGAAGGGAUUUGACAUAUCACUUAAAUAACAGUGCCAAGAUUUUGCUUAAUGCAGCCUUUUGGAAUUAAUUCUUGGUGAACCAACUAUGCCUUAAUGAUUACUGCAAAUGAUUAUUUUUAUGGCCCUGUGUUGAGCUUGAUUCCAUUUGUCACAUGUUGUAUUAUCUUCAGGGAGGUGCAAAGACUGUGCUUUCAGUAAUAUUUCUAUAUAGUUUCUGAAUAAGUUAAAUUGUUUACUCAAUUAAUACCACAUGAUUAAUGAAUGAGAGAAGACCUCAGGUAAUUCCUGUUAGCAGGUGUAUUCUGUGGGGAAAAUGGUGCAGAGCCUCUUGACUGUGAAAUAAUCUAGUCUCCUGUGGUAUCCACCACAGCACAGUGUGAAAAUACAUCUUCCCAAGGAGCGUACUCAGGAAACAUUCGGGUCAGUCAUUCCCGAAAAUCUGCAACAUAAGGUUCGAUGUUCUCCGUGUGCCUGUCUGAUGGAACAGUAACACUCUCGGUACCAGCCUGUGGGUGUGUCCAACAGGACAGGCACUCGGAGAGGAAAUGAAGCCAUUGCAGAUCUCUGCAGCAACAUGGAGCAGCUGUGGAAACCUUACACAAAGAACAGAACUUCCGUCUGCAGCAAUGUCACCUCUUUGUUGUACCUUUUCUCAAUAAAAAUCUGCUAUUCAAAAUCAC